GUACAAGUAUAAAAAUGUGAAUUAAACAUUACCGUAUGUUUGUAGCAUAUUAAACAUGUUAUGUUGUAAUUGCUUAUACAUUUUCAGAUAAGUAAUAAAUCGUGUAUUCUUCAUUACCUAAUCAUUAAAGGUAUUUCUGUUAAUCGCAACCACUAUGCAAAGUUCUGAUGACGCAAGAAACUACACGAGGCUCACACACCUUGUGGGUUCAAAUCUACAGAAGAUCACAAAAAAUGUUCAAGAGAUAAAGAACCUUGUUUGUCAACUAAAUGAUCAUGGAAAUUCUGGCGACACUUUGACUAAAAUCAACCAAAGGCAGCAUCAUACUAAGGAGCUCCUGGAAGCAACAGCAAGUCAUUUGUCAGAUGUUAAAAACAUUUCCCCACCCACAUCAGCAAGUGAAAAGAGGCAAAGAAAUACAAUGACAACAAGAUUAACAAAUGACCUCAAAGAUGUUUCAAUGUCAUUUCAAGACGUACAAAGAGAUAUUGCAAAGAUUGAAAGAGAAUCGGUUGCUAGGAUGCGAUCAUUGAGUGAAUCUAAUCAAGAAACUCAACCAUUCAUUGGAGCCCAGGGAGGGAUGCAAAUGCAAGAAAUGGCCACACAUGACAUUUCUGUACUUGAAGAACGGGAGAGGGAACUUCAGAAACUGGAGUCCGACAUUGUUGAUGUGAACAUCAUAUUUAAGGAUCUUGCUAAAAUAGUUGAAGAUCAAGGAGAAAUGAUUGAUAGCAUUGAGGCAAAUGUUGAAGCUGCUCAUGAAAGAGUGGAUAAGGGAAAAUCAGAAUUGGGUCAGGCCGUUAAAAACCAAAAAAAGUCGCGGAAAAAGAAAAUCAUUUGUGGAAUUAUUCUUCUUGUUUUGAUAAUAAUCCUUAUUUUAAUCAUUUACUUUUCUAUUCCUAAAUAAUGUUGCAUACCGCCACCGUAUAAAAAAACUGCCUUUCAGCGCCUACCUUUUAUCGGGAGUAUAUGUGUGAAGUGAUGGUGGCAAAUUGCACAUCUUAUGUAAAAAAGUUUCUGUAAAUCAAUCAAUCAGUCUGCUUGCUUAUUUUUUACUUUUGGUACAGUGUUUAGCAUUUAUAUUUCUCCUUUAACACUCCGCUAUCCCAAUAAAAAAGUUGCAAUUGGUAAUAUCUAUUAUAAGUAGCCUACAUGCAAUUCGUGGUGUAAACCCGUAAAACUAAUAUGCAAUUUAAAAGAUAUAAGCUACUUUGUCAUAAAAUAUGUGGUAACUUUUAACCAAAAUGUACCUUCGUCUACUUUGGAGUCAGAUACAAAAUUGUUUAUAUAACU